AUGUUCAACAUACUAUAUAAAAACAUUUUACAUAAAAAUAAAAAUCUAGUUAAUAUAAAACUUCUACAUAAAAAAAUCAAUUUCAUUCCGUUCACUACAAAUGUGCACAAUCAUUUAAAUGUAGAAGAAGAUUAUUUUUAUGUUAAUCCAUUGAGAAAACUUAAUUGUAUUGGAUGUGGAGAAUUUCUACAAACAACAAAUGAAAAGAAAAGUGGAUAUGUUCCUUAUUCAGUUUAUGAAAAAUAUACUAAUGGAAGACUAAAAUUUUAUACUAAGGUUAAAGGAGAAGAAGUGGAUACUAUUCCUGAUGGUGUUAAGGUUGAUAUAAAUAAUUUUUCAAAUUAUAAAAUAAAAACAAGAAUUAUUUUAUGUAAGAGAUGUUAUAGAUUACAACAUUAUAAAAGUACCGAUCUUAAUUGUGAAGUAGAUACAAAUAGAAUAGAAAAUAUUAUUAAAUGUAGAAAAAUGUUACAACAGGAUAUUAAACAAAAGAAUCAUAAAAAUAAAAAUAGUAAAAAUAAGGACAAGGAAAAUUUACACACUUGUGAUGAUAUUGCUCCUAAUAUUUUGAUAACAGAACAUAACAAUAAAAGAAAAAAUGAAAAACAUAUUAAUAUUUUUGACAGAUUAUUUAAUAAAAAUACACCCUUAUCUAAUAAGUUAUAUAUUGUAAAAAAGAUGAUAAAAUUGUGUGAUAAGAGAGGAAAGAUGGAAAUAAGUACAACUGAUAUGUUGCAAAAUAAAAGGAGCACUACUAAUAUUAAUAAUGAUAGUAAUAUAAAUAUUGAUAAUAUUAAUGAUAAUAUUAAUGAUAGUGAUAAUUCGCUUGAUAGAGAACAAAAGGAUAAUGUUGAUAACCAUGUAGAAGAUACAAAUAUGUCUACUCAAAACCUUUCAAAGGUUGAGAUUCAUAACAAUGAUAUAGAUAACGAAUGUCUUUAUCAAGAUAACUCGUACAAUAUAGAUAAACGAUCCAUUAAUAUAUACGAAAAAAAAGAUGUGAUGAAAAAAAGAAAUGAUAAGAAAAGAUUAGAUGUUGAAAAAAUGGCAUUAAGUACAUCUAAAUAUAUCGAAGGAGAUCGUAAUCAUAUUAUGAAUAAUUUAAUUAAAAAGAUGAAACGUAAAUCAUUAGUAUUAUAUAUAAUAGAUAUAACAAAUAUUGAAAAUACUAUAUUACCAGAAUUAUAUAUAGGAUGUAAAAAUAAAGAUUUAAAUAUCAUAUGGCUAGUCAACAAAGUAGAUUGUUUACCUAAGUCAACAAAUUUAGAUAUGAUAAAAAUAUGGUUUCGUAAUUUAGUUAGGCAAAUAAAGAAUUCUCAUAUAAAUGAUUUAAUAUUUAUAUCUGCCUUAAAGUUUUAUAAUUAUGAUAUGUUAGAAGAAAGAAUGAAAUAUUAUGUUGAUAUAGAUAAAGGAACUGACAUAUAUAUAGUAGGUUGUGUUAAUGUAGGUAAAUCAACAUUUGUUAAUUCAUUUUUAAAAUAUAUUAAUUAUAAACAUAUAGGUGAUAUAUAUAAUAAAAGAAAAAAAGGUGGUGUUACAACAUCAAAUAUACCAUAUACUACAUUAAAUUAUAAUGUUUUUAAAUUGAAAAAAAAUAUAAAUAUUAUAGAUACAAUUGGUAUACCUACUAAAUAUCAAUAUUCUUCUAUCUUAUAUAAAGAUAUAGAUUUAAAUGGUAUAUGCAUAAAUAAAAAAAUUCAACCAUUUACAUAUAAAUUGAAACAAGAUUCAUCUAUCAUAUUAGGUUCUAUGUGUUAUAUAAAUUUUAUAUAUGGUACGUUUUCUUUAUUAACAUUUUAUUUAUCAAAUAAGGUAACAGUACAUAUGUGUAGAACUGAAAAAGUCGAAUCAUUUCUUGAAAAAAAAAAAUGCUCUUUCUUAUAUCCUCCACAUAUCAACUCAGAUUUUGAUUUAUUAAAACCUUUUGUUAAACAUACUAUAAAAAUAUAUGGAAAAGAUUUUGAAAGUGUAGAUGAUAUAGUCAUAUCUGAUUUAGGUUGGUUCUCUAUAACAGGAAGUGGUACCAAAAUUUUCGAAAUUUAUGUUCCUAAAAAUAUUAAAAUAUAUAGAAGACCUUCAAUGAUAACUGAUGCAAUUAAACAUACACAGAUUGAUGUAUUUAAAUUUAAAUCUUAUAGAGGAAGAACAACAAAAGUUUUGAAAAAAAAAAAAAAAUUAAUACAACAGUUAGAUAAAUUAUAUCCUCACAGAAGAGAACAUAUCAAAAAUGAAACACUACAAAAGGAGCAAGAACAAAUAAAAAAUUUAGCAAAUUUUAAUGAUACUAACACUUCCAUAAUAUCAAAACAAGAAGAUUUACAAAAUAUACUUCAUCAAUUGUAA